AUGGGUCAGUCGCUCUGUGUCUCGACGUGCUCAGCGACGCCUGUAUUCAAAGUGAAAGGAAACUCUCAGGCACGGCCAGGUGCGACGUUGAGAGUUGACGGAACAAGUACUUUGGCACACGGAGGUGACCGGUCGGACAGGAAUCCAAUGAAAAAUAAGCAGUUGCCAAGGCUUAAAUCGUAUCGCCGUAACACCAUCGAAACGGAGCAUGUGUUUAAGAAUUGUGGCGAGGUAGACGGCCAGGAAAAGUUAUUUAACGGCCGAAGCGAUUUAGAAACGGAUCUAACCGUCGUGUGUAGGAGCGUAUUCGAUGAUGAACAUGUGUCCGUGUCGUCUGUGAGAAAUCUUGAGAGAGUUUUGAGAGAGGAAACAAGUUGGUCUAUCGAUGCAGAUUUUAGCACACCGAGGUUUGGUGGGCUCGAUCGAGCUGAACUUUCGGAUUGUACGUGCAGAGAAGGAGAAACGGGAAAGGACCAUGACUGGAAUACCUCAUCGAUGACUAUGGAAAAAUAUUCUGAAGGACAGAUCAGCGAAGCGGAGGAUGUGUGCUUCGAGGGCAAAGCACAAAGGCUGCUGUCCCCUAUCGAUUCUCUGCCCAUUUUAGAGGAGCGCAUGAAUCGAACAGAAUCAAGCCCGAAGUUAAAGAGAUGUGCAAACGGUUGUACGGUAAAUAGUCUCUCUGUUCCUUCGGGUAGGACGAAACCUCCCCCCUUUAGAGGCAAACCCACUCGGCCGGGUGAUGGGUUUACUACAGAUACCCGGGACACCACGGACCAAGAAAAUCUGUCCAACUCUACGGAGGAAUACAGCGGCAUUCAGGUUUUAAUGGACAAUCCUAAUUUUCACGGAACUAUUCCGAGAUUAAUCGUUACUCGCGAGCCAAGCCCUAGCCGGCUUCCAGACGCGGAGAGCUCGCUGACUGCCGACUUUUCGCUGGGCUUUAGGCGGUUAUCAUUAGACCAGCAACCGGACGAGGAGUUUGCUUGCUCCGACAGUGGAUGUGGGGGCUCCCCGGUGCAGUACUUUUCCCCCCGGAAACUGUCUAGCUCAUCCUCGGCUGGACUGUCGUCGGCUUCGUCGUUCGAGGAGUCUGAAGAUGACUAUGCUGGCAGCGACGCAGAGCCCACGAGCCUGUCCCCGAGCUCGUACGGCAGGUUUGGCAACUCGGACGAGGUCGCCGGGACAAAGGAUUGGAGGAAGCAGAAAAGUGUGGUACACUGCUCGCUGCUUGUAGACUCCUUCAAGAAGUACUACCCAUGGGUCCAGCUGGCAGGCCACGCAGGUAAUUUUCAAUGGGAUGAGUACGGCAGACUCCUGAAGAAGUAUUGCGAGUGUGAGCAGCUGUGUCUGACUCGGCUGAUGGACGACUCACUGCAGCCAUUCGUGCCAAGUUACCACGGCGUGGCGCGCAGGGACGGACAAGACUACAACGUGAUGGAAGACCUGCUGGCGUCCUUCGACUCCCCUUCCAUCAUGGAUUGCAAGAUGGGCAGCAGGACGUACCUUGAGGAGGAGCUGGUGAAGGCGCAACAGCGGCCCAAGCUACGGAGGGAUAUGUACGAGAAGAUGGUGGCGGUGGACCCGGACGCUCCCAGCCCAGAGGAGAGGCGGCAGCAGGCCAUCUUGAAGCCCCGCUACAUGCAGUGGCGAGAGACGCUCAGCUCCACAGCCACGCUGGGCUUCCGCAUCGAGGGCAUCAAGAAAGCAGAUGGCACAUGCAAUACUAACUUUAAAAGGACUAAGCACAGAGAACAGGUUAUGAAAGCCCUGGAGGACUUUGUGAAUGGGAACUCUGAGAUCCUGAGGAGAUACCGCAAGAGAUUAGAGGAACUGCGUGGGGUGCUGGAGAUGUCCGAGUUCUUCCGGACGCACGAGGUGGUGGGCAGUUCACUCCUGUUUGUGCAUGACUCCUCGGGCCAAGCCCAAGUGUGGAUGAUCGACUUUGGGAAGACAGUACCUUUGCCCCCACGCCAGACCCUGGACCACCGCACGCCCUGGGUCGAGGGCAACCGUGAAGAUGGCUACCUCUGGGGCCUGGACAACCUGAUCGAGAUCCUGGGAGCUAUGCUUGCCUCUCCCCAGCCUUGAGAGAGUGAGAGAGGGGCACACACAAGGUGGCAUACUAACAGCUCCAUACUGUAGGAGGAAGGGAGAGGUGAAGAACAGGAGCUAAUGAUGGACCAGAGUGGAUAUACUUCACCAGCCUCACCAGACUGCUGAUCAGCCAUGUACAUGCAUGCACGCACACUCACACACCCACCGCUCAGUAAAGCAGGACACAUGUAAAGACCAUGCACUGUAACUGGACCAAAAUAAGGAAGAAUCAGAAAAUCGGAGGGUCAUAUAUAUAUAUAUACACACACACAAUUUAUUUUCUAUUUCAAGCUCAGGAAAUAUGCAAACACUAGCACACUGGAAUGUUCUUAAUAUUUUUAUAGUAUUGUAAAUAGACUAAUUUAAUUUUAGCCUUAAGGGCCGCCACCUUUCUUUUAAAUGUCUCUGCGUCAUAUAUUUAUAUAUAUAUUUAUAUAUAUAUAUAUAUAUAUAUAUAUAUAUAUAUAUAUAUAUAUAAAUUAAAUAUAUAUGACACAGAGAGUAUCCUCAAUGCUCUCAAAGUAGUAUAUAUUUUUGUGUUUGGAAAAUGUAACGCUCACCAAGUAACAUGUACUCUGCACUUGGUUUGAGGGUCUUGAAGCUUUCACAAGUGUUGAACUUCACCUUUCCCUGGGAGAUGAUAUAGAUUGGUGGUUUGGGGUUUUCUUUAAAGACCAACACACUGUAAGCCAGAGCAUUCGUUAGGACAUUGGGUCUGCUGAGCUCAUUGUAAUUCUUCACAUUUUGGAAAGCUUGUUGACACUGUCACAGGGCACAUAUAGUUUAUCUUAAUUGUUUGAGUGGACUUCCUGUCAUCACUGGGAGACUGGGAGUUUCAUUGGUGGAGAUCAGAGUUUUGGAAAGCCACUGCAUUGUGAAGCCUACUGGUGACUAGCUUACUAAGGUGGGGGGGAACUUUACUUAUUAGCAUUGUCAUCUAGAGUUGUUAGAUUCUCUAAAUGGCUUUAAGUUGAACAGAAUCAUCAUCCAGGCCUACGAACGUCUUAGAGCUAGGGAACAAUGACUUGUGUCCUAAUUAACCAGUAUGGGAGUACACCUUGAAGUGAUUGAGCCAAGAACACCAAUACACUAACCACUCUAUAUUAAGGUGUGUGUGUAUAUAAGGGCAGUGUUGCAUAUUGCGCAAAAGUAUUGCUAGUAGAGUUGUUUCCGCAUAAUUAAUAUUGUCUGAUUUCAUUGUUUCAGGAGGUGUCCCGUGAACUUUUUUAGGCUCUGUGGGUGUGGUUUGUAUUUUUGCUCAUUUUGUUUCUUUUGUUUUUCUAACGAGGUUGUUUGGUUGUUAUGUUGUGGAAAUUUCUAUGUAAUUUCUAUGUACUUAUCUUUUGAACUUCUCUUAGAAAACAGGUUUCAUGAGAAUUCUGAGAUAUUUCU